AUGGCCGACUCGGGGCAGUCGUCCAUCACAGUGGCCGGUAUUGUCUCAGUCCGAGUCCGACCCUUUACCAUCCGGGAAGCUGCUCAAUUGCAGCGGAACGACGAUGGCACGAUUUUUCUCGGCGACGGCUCCUUCGCCUCGGCACCGACUCCCAAACUUCACCAGCGAGGCAUCCGAAAUGUGAUCAAAGUAAUCGAUGAUCGUUGCCUAAUAUUCGAUCCACCAGAGGAAAGCCCCGUCCAGAAAUUCUCCCGAACCGUCGUUCCCUGCUCGAAAAAAGUAAAAGAUCAAGUGUUUGCCUUUGAUCGAGUGUUUGACGACAACACAACGCAGGCCGAGGUGUACGAAGGCACGACUCGAGGCUUGCUUGAUAGCGUCUUGGAUGGAUAUAAUGCGACUGUUUUUGCCUACGGCGCAACUGGAUGCGGCAAGACACAUACAAUCACCGGCACAGCACAGCAUCCAGGCAUUAUCUUCCUGACGAUGCAAGAGCUGUUUGAGAAAAUCGAGGAACGUAGCCAAGAGAAGUCGACAGAGUUGUCGCUGAGCUACCUGGAGAUCUACAACGAAACGAUCCGAGAUUUGCUGGUGCCCGGUGGCAGCAAGGCUGGCCUGCCUCUUCGCGAGGACAGCAACCAGGCAGUUGCUGUGCCUGGCCUGACCAGCCAUCGUCCUCGAGAUGUCCAAGAGGUCAUGGACAUGAUUGUCCAGGGCAACGAGUAUCGAACCGUAUCACCAACAGAAGCAAACGCAACCUCGUCACGAUCCCAUGCCGUGCUCCAGAUUAACAUUGCGCAAAAGGACAGGAAUGCUGACGUCAACGAGCCUCAUACGAUGGCGACUCUCAGCAUUAUCGACCUAGCGGGCUCCGAACGUGCUUCCGUCACAAAAAAUCGGGGUGAGCGCCUGACGGAGGGUGCCAACAUCAACAAGUCGCUUCUCGCUCUGGGAGGCUGCAUCAACGCUCUCUGCGAUCCACGAGGAAAGACACACGUGCCGUACCGCAACAGCAAGCUUACCCGACUCCUCAAAUUCUCUCUGGGCGGCAACUGCAAGACUGUCAUGAUUGUUUGCGUCUCACCAUCGAGUGCUCACUACGAUGAGACCCAAAACACCUUGCGUUAUGCCAACAGGGCCAAGAACAUCCAGACCAAGGUCACUCGCAAUGUUUUCAAUGUUAACCGCCACGUGAAAGACUUUUUGAUCAAGAUUGACGAGCAAAUGGCGUUGAUCAACGAGCUGAGAGCGCAGCAGAGAGAGUCUGAGAAGGCUAGCUUCGCCAAGUUCCGAAAGCAGUACGAAAAGCGCGACGGCAUUGCAAGAGAGGCCGCCCAGAGGCUUCGGGCUGCAUAUGAUAAUGCAGGUGCCGAGCGUCAGGAGCGAAUCACCUCUAUGAGAAAACUGAAGCAUUUUGAGAGGCGCAUCAGUCUGCUGUCUGCGUGGAUUGCAGCCUUUGAUGCUGUUGACAGCCAGAGGGAGGACGGGGCAGAAGUGCCGCAAAGUCUCGCGGCCAUUAGAAAAACUGCGCAGGGGAUUCUUCUGGAGCUGGAGAACAGCAGACACCAUAUUCAUCAAAAGCUGGAUAAAUCGGCCUGGGAGCGCCAUCUGGAUACAGCUUUGGCUCACGGCAUCAGACAACUUGAGCUUGCCGAGGGUGCUGAUACUGGCGAAAUUGAAAGCCUGACACGCGAGGCUGAACUUCUCAAGUCCGAUUUCAAUCGCGAGGCCUAUCGCGAAGUUUUGGAACAGGAGAAGGCGGGUGAUGCUGCGAUGAUGCAGAUGCUUCUCACCGCCCAGUUUGAAAUGAUUUCCUCCCUUUCUGGAGUCAUGAUGAUGGGCGAAGACAGCGCUGUGGCGCACGCCAAAGAGGCCAUUUCUCGCCUGCUCCAGACUGGCCUCACCGCCGCAUCCCAAGUGGUCAAGCCAGAUGGUUCUCUGGCUGCUAUGCCCGACGCUCUUCCGUCAACACGGCGAACGCUAAGAAAAAGGAAGUCCUUGCCUGGCUACAGACCACUUGUGCCUCCGGCCAUUGUGGCCGUACAAAACGAACAUGUGUUUGCAAGCCCCAUGAAGUCAUCACCGAGACGGCGUAAGGCCCUCGGCAUGCCAAAGAAGGGUGUCAGUUUUACGCCGGUCAAACGGGCAGUCAAGUCCCGAGGGGUCAGGUGGAGGGACGAUGAGACGGAGGACGGAACGCUGGAGGACUUUGAGAAGACACCACAGAAACUUUUCAGCUCUCCUCCUACGCAGCCAUCGCCAGUAGCUAAGAGCAAGAUUCCCUCCCCGCCGCAGUUCAGCAGCGCCACUAAGGAUGAUGCUUCAAACGAUGACUCCUCGAUAAGCCUAGAGAUGUCAGACGCGCCGAGCCUUUCAAUCGCUAAGCCCGGUAGGUUUCAAGCCGGCUUCCUCUCAAGAGGUACGCGAUUCUCAUCUGUAGGUAGUGGCCUGCCUGUGUCCUCGUCACCCCCUACUUUGAGCAUGCAUCUCCGCUCCUCGAGUUCUCCCGAUGUGGCCAGAACGCCACCUUUGAGAUCUGUAGAUGGCACCAAGACCGACAAUUCAUCUCCGCUGUCCUUUAGUAAAGUUCCCCGGCCGAGUCCCCAAUAUCACCAACUGCAGUCGGUCAUGGAUGAGAACAACCCACCGGAAGCCUCUGGAUCCGACUCUGAGUCUAGCGCGAUUGAUAUGCGCAAGCUUCGUAGCGUGAUUGCUUCGAAGAAGCCCCGGCGAAUGAGCCUCGUGGGCCAAACUUCAGUCCCUGUUGCCAGACGGGUGACUUCGAUCGCCCCUGCUGCCACCGAGAGACCACCUUCACGAUCCAGUAUGCCCAUAUUGGCCAGAACCACCCACGGGAUCUCACGCAUUCGCAGGGGAAGCUUGGAGCUCCGAAAGAGCCCGCCGCUGUUGUGCUCACCGCCAGAACUAAUGUCAGACAAUCACCUCACUGCCGGCCAGGCGAGGCGGAUGAACAUGGGGGGUAACCUGCGACUGGAGAAUCUCGGUGCGGCCCAACGUGACGGAGUUGGCCUGGAGGGUCCUCGCCAUGUCACAAUUAACGUCGCGACGGGCGCUGCCGCCGCAGGUAUUUCUGCACACCGAAGAUUGGAUAGCCGAGGAGGUAUGCCGAUAAGAUGA